CGUGACUUUCCAUCUGAAAACUCCAAGAUGGCGGGUCCCGUCAUGGGCUGAUUCCGUUGGCGGCGCGCGCACCGUUGUGCCAGCGCCGAGGGCUUGCCUGCCUGCUUGCUUCCUUUCCUCCUUUCCCCGCAUUCUCUGCGGGUCUUGCCGUCUGGAUGUCUCCGGCUGAGGCUUAUAUUGUGAAAACAAGUUGAAUUGAACAUCCUGUACCAGAUUGCAGAACUUUACAGCAUGAAAUGUCUUUCUGAAUGGACCUUUAUUUGGUGGCUAUGAAUAUGUCUCUGGGAUAUACCUUUUCGACAUUGUCAGUAUAGAAGCCACCUUGUCUGUUCUAGUUCUUUGAAGAAUUUCGAUUCUGCUAGCAAUGAGUUCUCAAAGCCAUCCAGAUGGACUUUCUGGCAGGGACCAGCCAGUAGAACUGCUAAAUCCGACCAGAGUAAAUCAUAUGCCAAAUUCAGUUGAUGUGACCACAACACUUCCCCUGCAAGUUGCUCCACCUGUAGUUCCUAUGGAUCUCCGCCUGGACCAUCAGUUCUCCAUCCCGGUGGCCGAGCCUACGUUACGUGAACAGCAGCUCCAGCAGGAGCUUCUGGCCCUCAAGCAGAAACAGCAGAUCCAGAGACAAAUUCUCAUAGCAGAAUUCCAGAGACAGCAUGAACAGCUCUCUCGUCAACAUGAAGCGCAGUUGCAUGAACAUAUAAAGCAACAACAGGAGAUUCUUGCAAUGAAACAUCAGCAAGAACUCUUGGAGCACCAGAGAAAACUAGAACAGCAUCGGCAGGAACAAGAGUUAGAAAAACAGCAUCGAGAGCAGAAACUGCAGCAGCUUAAAAAUAAAGAGAAAGGGAAAGAAAGUGCAGUGGCAAGCACAGAAGUAAAAAUGAAGUUACAAGAGUUUGUCUUAAAUAAAAAAAAAGCUUUGGCGCAGCGGAAUCUCAACCAUUGCAUUUCCAAUGACCCUCGAUUCUGGUAUGGGAAAACACAACAUAGUUCUCUAGAUCAGAGUUCACCACCACAAAGUGGAGUGUCAGGCAAUUACAAUCAUCCUGUACUAGGGAUGUAUGAUUCCAAAGAUGAUUUCCCCCUCAGAAAAACAGCAUCUGAACCUAAUCUCAAAUUACGAUCCAGGUUGAAGCAAAAGGUUGCUGAAAGGCGCAGUAGCCCUUUAUUACGGCGAAAAGAUGGGCCUGUAGUUACAGCGCUUAAAAAGCGUCCAUUAGAUGUCACAGACUCAUCAUGCAACAGUGCUCCUGGAUCUGGCCCUAGUUCUCCAAACAAUAGUUCCAGUAAUAUAAGUGCUGAGAAUGGAAUUACUCCAUCAGUUGCAAAUAUCCAGGCUGAGACCAACCUAGCUCAUAGACUUGCGAAUCGCGAAGGCUCAGUAACACAGCUUCCAUUGUACACAUCUCCCUCCUUGCCCAAUAUAACGCUAGGACUGCCUGCAACUGCUCCAUCCAGUGGUGGAUCAGGACAGCAGGACGCUGAAAGACUUGCUCUUCCCCCAUUACAACAACGAAUCUCCAUAUUUCCUGGUACUCAUAUUCCUCCUUAUUUGAGCAGCACCACAGUGGACAGGGAUGGGGGAAAUGCACAUAACCCUCUACUCCAACAUAUGGUCUUACUGGAACAACCGUCGGCUCAAACUCCCUUAGUCCCAGACUGGUAUCUUUCAGGACUUGGGGCACUCCCCCUCCAUGCGCAGUCCCUGGUGGGUGCGGACAGGCUCUCUCCCUCCAUCCACAAACUGCGGCAGCACCGCCCCCUGGGGCGCACGCAGUCUGCUCCUCUCCCCCAGAAUGCACAGGCCCUCCAGCAAUUAGUGAUCCAGCAACAGCAUCAGCAGUUCCUGGAAAAACACAAACAGCAAUUUCAGCAGCAGCAGCUGCACAUUAACAAGAUGAUACCAAAACCAAAUGAGUCUUCCCGUCAGCAUGAAAGCCAUCCUGAAGAGACUGAAGAAGAAUUACGAGAACACCAAGCAUUUUUAGAAGACUCAUAUAUUGACCGAAUAUCAAACCAAAAGGACAUUCAAGGGCUGACCAGUAUGGUCCAAGUGAAGCAGGAGCCUGUGGAGAGUGAUGAAGAUGGAGAGUUGCAGCCAGAACUAGAGCCAGGACAAAGGCAAGCUGAGCAGGAGUUGCUCUUCAGACAGCAAGCCCUUUUGCUGGAGCAGCAGCGCAUUCACCAGUUGAGGAAUUACCAGGCAUCCAUGGAGGCUGCUGGUAUCCCAGUGUCUUUUGGCGGACAUCGGCCUCUUUCUCGAGCCCAGUCAUCCCCUGCCUCUGCCAAUUUCCCCAUUUCUGUACAGGAGCCACCCUGCAAGCCACAAUUCACAACAGGCCUUGUAUAUGACACCUUGAUGCUGAAACACCAGUGUACCUGUGGAAACACAAACAGCCAUCCAGAACAUGCAGGAAGAAUCCAGAGCAUUUGGUCACGGCUUCAGGAGACAGGCCUUCGUAGCAAGUGUGAGUGUAUUCGUGGAAGAAAAGCAACUCUAGAAGAGCUACAGACUGUUCAUUCAGAAGCCCACACACUACUUUAUGGUACCAACCCCCUGAACAGACAGAAAUUGGACAGCAAGAAACUCUUAGGUUCUUUGACGUCAGUAUUCGUCAGGCUCCCUUGUGGUGGUGUUGGAGUUGACAGUGACACAAUUUGGAAUGAAGUCCACUCAUUCAGCGCAGCUCGCCUUGCUGUUGGUUGUGUCAUAGAGCUUGUUUUUAAAGUUGCUACAGGAGAACUGAAGAAUGGGUUUGCUGUGGUUCGACCUCCUGGCCACCAUGCAGAAGAAAGUACACCCAUGGGUUUUUGCUAUUUUAAUUCUGUGGCGAUUUCAGCCAAGCUUCUCCAGCAGAGAUUGAAUGUGAACAAAAUACUUAUUGUGGACUGGGAUGUGCACCAUGGAAAUGGUACUCAGCAGGCUUUCUACAAUGAUCCUAAUGUUCUUUAUAUUUCACUACAUCGGUAUGAUGAUGGAAACUUCUUCCCAGGCAGUGGUGCUCCCGAUGAGGUUGGCAUAGGACCAGGUGCUGGUUUUAAUGUUAAUAUGGCAUUUACUGGUGGUCUUGAUCUGCCAAUGGGAGACACAGAAUACAUGACUGCUUUCAGAACAGUAGUAAUGCCUAUUGCUAAUGAGUUUGCUCCAGAUGUUGUGCUGGUAUCAUCAGGCUUUGAUGCAGUUGAAGGUCAUCCUGCACCACUUGGAGGAUAUAAUCUGUCAGCAAAAUGCUUUGGGUACCUGACAAAACAGCUCAUGGGUCUGGCUGGAGGAAGAAUAAUUCUGGCCUUAGAAGGAGGCCAUGACCUGACAGCUAUUUGUGAUGCUUCUGAAACAUGUGUUUCUGUUUUGCUAGGAAAUGAGCUUGAUCCUAUUCCUGAAAAGGUCUUACAGCAAAGGCCAAAUGCCAAUGCAGUGCAUUCCAUUGAAAAGGUCAUUGAAAUCCACAGUAAGUACUGGCACUCUCUCCAGCGUUACGCAUCAACAGUCAGCUAUUCUUUGACUGAGGCACAGAAAUGUGAGAAUGAAGAAGCAGAAACUGUAACAGCUAUGGCAUCACUGUCAGUAGGAGUCAAGCCACCACCUGACAAAAAGCCAGACGAGGAGCCCAUGGAAGAGGACCCUCCCCUGUAGCAUUCAUCUGUCAGACUGGAGUUCUCUUGUUCGUCCGUCUCGUCUUGAAGCUCUGCCAAGAAGCUUUCUCUUGUUACUCCUGCAUCCUGUCAUGGUUUUCUUCCAGAAAUGCAGAAAGGCAGCCAUGCGUGAAAGAAAGCUAAAUCUCUCCGUACUUGUACAGAAUAUGUUUGCGGGCAAGAAACAUGCAGGUGAAGAGCAGAAAUAUGAAAGACAUAAGCACUGAGCAUUCUUCCUCUUUUCCUGAAGGAAACCUGCGAGAGGCAAGAAGCCAGUGAAGUCUUUGGCGGAGUUGCCAAUCUCUUUUGGGGGAAACAAACAAACAAACCCAAAAUCAAAGAUUUAACACAGACCUGACAAUUUUCAUUUAAAACUGGUGCUUAAAGUUUGAUUACCCUCCGGUCAGACCACUCAACCACAUUGUAGCUUUGUUUAUAUUUUCUUUUCGUGGCGGUUGCCUACCUGUGAUACAAACACUCUCUUCAAAACCCAAACAAUGCGAGAAAGGUGUGUUGUUGUUGUUUUUUUUUCAUAUGAAGGGUAAAAAGAGAACCAAGCUUUUUAUUCUUAUCUGUACACAUGCAGACAAUAUAUGUGUGGAGGGGAAGAACGUAAAACAAGGAAAAUAGCCCAGAAAGGGGAUCGGCUUUAGCAUCUCCAAAGCCAUCUGAAGAGUUUGUGCCUUUUAUAAACAUAGAUUGGAUUGAAUUUUUUUUGGGCAGCUGGAUUUUUCUGAUGUUUUGAGGAACAAUGCCUUAAAGAAAAAAGAACUCUGCAGCAGUUUCUCUGGCAUGGUAGGCCAAGAACUGCAGUCGACAAGAAAGGUUUUAGGAUUCCUGCUAGCAUGAUUAUUUAAAGCAAGCAAUGACCAGAGCAUCUCCAAAAGAGUCUACAAGUUUGGAUCCCACCCCCUCCUUUUAUUGCUGUUUAAAAUAAAACAUUAAGGUAGUUGCCAGUAAUGUGGCAAAUACUGUUGGGUUUGUAAAAUUCAACUCUUUUUGGGAAAAAAAAUCCAACAUCUUUUCCUAUACAUUACGUAUAACCAUUAAAACUCUGAAUUUGGUUGUAAAGCAUGCAUAAGGCACAACUGCAGUUUUAAAAAAGAAUUGGAAUGCUUUUUAUUAAAAGCAACUAGCAUGAGAUAUUGCUUAAUAUUUUAGGUAUAAAUAUAUAUGUAUAAUGUAUAUUCCAAAUGUAUUCCGAGCUUAGAAAUACAACUCUUACAAAUUAUUGAUAAAAUAUUUAUAAUGCAUUUAUACAAAUAUAUAAAUAAAUGCAGAUUACAAUGGUAGCCAUUGGAAGUUCCCUUGCAGAAGAUUUAUUUGUUAAUUGGAAUGUGAGGGUUUUUUGGAAAAGAGAUCUAGUUUGAAACUUUACUAUUUUCAAACUGUAGUUUGGAAUGUUUUCAGGAUGCCAACAUUUUAGCCACUGGGCAACUACCCUAAACAUUUCUAUUUUAAUUUAAGAGUGUUUUUUUAAAACCUUUGAUUCUGUUUUAACAAAAUGAGUUUUCUAGCAAAGAGGCAUUUGCUAUUGCUUUAUUUCAUACUGGUUUUCACAAGAGCCCUGCCUUAUUUGCAUGGAUUUUCAUUUUUCGUUUUCAUUUUGACAGCUGUAUCUCCAGACUGUAACCAAUUCCUGGACCUGUGUCAUUUUUCCUUGCAUGCGGACUUUGUUUGUGUUUGGACUUCCGUACAGUGAACAGUUUUCAUGGUCAGUUGAGACAGUUGCAGAUCGGCAGGCUUCAUUUUCAGAAAGCCCUUUCAGAGGAAGGAUUCCAAGGUCUUUUUUAUAUCAUGAAACUGAUUGUAUAUUUUCUCAGCUCUUCAUUCAUAGUUGCUAUGCUACAUUAAAAAAUAAGAAUAAGGAGCUUUCUUAUCUUAAAAACAUAUUAGUAUUAUAAAGAAUGAUGUAUCAUAUAUCCUCAGCAUAGAGUGUGGCAAGGAUUAUUAAAGGCAUUAAUAACUUAAAUGACCAUGCUGAAGGUCUGCCAAACUGUUGGUGAAGUUAACACUAACACAAACACAGAACUUUUCCUGAGCCACUCUGAUUGAGUAAGUCCUCUACAAGACUCUUUUGCCAUUGAUGAUGAGGAUAAUAAGAUGAAGAAGAUUAAUUGCUUCUAGUUGGCUGGGAAAGUGCGGAUCUUCUCCACCAUUUCCCUUUCCCCGUUGCCUUUUUUGGUGAGGGGAAUACACCCUCAGAGUAAGUAACUAAACUUUUAGUAGUGAAUAUUAGAUGGCUGGAGGAGAUUGAAUUCAUGUGUUGUUUUUCAACCAGUGUAGGAUAUCACACGUCCCUCAUCUGAAUCACCAGUUGUAUUUGUAUUUUUUUUAAGUCUUUUUUGUUAUAAUAACUGACAGGGUCACUUUGUAUAACUUAUUUUCUGGUUCUGAAAAGUUUUUUUCCCAUUCCAUUGCAAGUGGAUUUGUGAGAACUUAAUCUGAGUGAGUGAAAGAAAGUUUGAAGGUUUUAUUUAAUGCUUGAUAUGCAAUUUUGAGACACACUACAAUAUUUGAGUUCUUGCUAACCCAAAUAACAUUCAAAUUGAUGAAUACGUAUUGGCACUAGAACUGCCAGAACCAUACUCUAAGAGUAAAGUUUGACAGUAAAGAUAAAGUGUAUAUUUUAUAAAAUGACCACCUUGCUGCUGUGAUCUUAAAAGUUUUUUUUUUAAUUUGCGCUGUGGAAUCAUCUAAUUUCAUGCUUUGUUAAUUUUUCUCUUUAUCACUUUGAUAAAAGUGAUAAAACCCAAUCCACAAUCAGUUCAGUCUAAAAUUUGUUUUAUUUUCAGCACUAAUCUACAUGUUACCUCCUUUUACUUUUACCUUUUUUUUUUGGUCAUUACAAGAACUUAGCGAUAUACAACUUUACGUUGUUGAUACAAUGGCCUGAACUAUUCUGGACCUGCUUUCAAUGUUGUUGCGUUUAAGAUUCUUCGUUUGUUUCUUAGAAACAAAUUGCUACAUCACUGUCAGUACCAAUCUUCCUCAAUCCAGAAGCAUCUUUGUUAUAUAUCAGUCUGUCUUACACAGUCUAAAGCUCGUGAUUUUUUAGGAACAAAAACGGGAACUGUGUUAUCUCACUGUAGGACUGAGUCUGGGUUCCUCUCUGUGGUUCCUAUGAAGCAGAAGGGCAAGAUUGACGUCAUGGAAGCUGGGGAGGUACUGCUGUCACUUUGAUUCCCACCCCCCACUCCCAGAAGUUUACUUACCAAGGACCUGAUGGGAAUGCUUGUGAGCUCUGUAGAUAAACAAAGAGCACAAGUUGACAUAGGCAAUGUCUAUAAUUCCCACAUUUUUUAUAUACUACAAACAUGAGGUACCUGAAUUCCACCAGCAAGACAGUAGAGGUUGUUUUAUUAACUCAGCUUCCAGGGCAUUGGAACGGCUUUAUUGCAACACUUCUCUUGUAGCAAUUCAGAAACAAAGGAACAUCUUAAAGCUAUAUUACCCCAAAUGAUGCUCUGGGCGGUAGUACAUAGUACGACAACCAGAGCAUUUGGGAUUCCUUUUACUUUCAAUACACAAGACAUUCCUUUUUAUUAGUCAUGUACUCAUUCCAUUCUUCCUUUUGUAAACUUUUGGGCCCACCUUUUAAGGGCAUUGAUAUAUAUAUAGAUAUAAAUAAAAUAAAUAAAUGAAAUAUAUAUGAAUAUAUUUUUUUAAGUUUCCUACACGUUGAGGUUGCAUGGUCUGGUAGGUUGGCAUGUCUUUAUAUUGUAUACAGAUUCUGCACGCCACACUUGGCAGCUUUGGAGAAACAAAAAUCCCUCUUUAACGGCAUUAUAGCAAGAAUUUAAAAGGUUGGGAUGAUUUUUCUGUCAUGCAAAUUAAAAAUGAUGCGCAUGGAGGGGGAAGGUUUGUCUAACUGAACCUAUUAAGGACCUGUGCUGUUUUAUUUUUAUUUUUGUUUUUUUGUAAAAACAAAAAUUAAGAGGACUACUUAAAAUUGUCAUUUUAAGAGAGAGAGAAAUAUCUAGCACUUGUGAGAAACCAAUAAUAGAGUUUAUUGUAUUUAUGUGGAAAUAAUGUUUUAGGGGAAACUACACAGAACACACAAAUAAACUGCCUGUGUGACUUUUUUUUUUUAAGGGGGAGGGAGGGAAGCAUUUUCUUUGUUUUCCUUUAGUCAGGGAAAAGAUAAGGCAGGCACAGACUUAUGCCAACUUCUUUUUGUAUUAAUUCUCAUAUGAAAAUGACAGGAACUUUAAGAGUUAACUCUUCAGCACAGCUGUGUUAACUUUUUUUUUAAUUACUUGGAAUGAUGUAUCAAUAGAUUUCACAUUUGAGCAGUGAUGUACUGUGCAAACACUGUGGUUUCAAACACAACUUCAUAUCAGCAGGAAAUGAAGUUUCUUCAUAGUGAUAGUUGAGCUUGGUUUCCUCCCAGCUUCACUUUGUAUUUGAUAUUUUAAAAAAAGAAUCCUCUUGAAUGAAAGAAAAACAAAGAAUUUAACACUUCUGGUGCUCAACAUUGGAGGCGCUAUAUAUAUGGGUUGAAGGAUUUAUUCACCCAAAAGCUUGUUAAAAUAUGUAGUACCAAAAGUUGUAACUCUUAUAUUCUGCUUUAUGCCUAUACAUGCUCAGUAUGUUGUCACCAUUGGUAGCAGCUACCAGUUUAUUCUGUAAUUUAGACACGGUUUCACUCUUAACUGUAUGAAUCCUUUAAGUGAUGGUAGCAUAUUCUUUGUACUUAAAUUUUCUUAUGACUUUUUUCCGUUACUUGGUGAAGUUGAAAGUUUUUUUCUAGGUCUCUCAUUCCUGCUUUUGUUAUUUUGAUUGUUUUUUACUGGCCAAUGGUGUCUUUCUCUGACAAUACCAACUUCAAUUUCAACUUUAUUAAUAGAAGUCCAGUAUUUUGUACCACAUUAUGACAACCUGUUAUUCUUGUGGUGUAAAUAAAGAGAUAAAGUGAAUUAUA